AUGGUCAACGACGCCAUAGCAAGCCUGAAAAAACGCGGAGGAUCGUCGCUGCAGGCGAUCAAGAAAUAUAUGUCGGCCAAUUAUAAAAUCGACGCCGAGAAAAAAUCAACAUACAUCAGAAAGUAUUUAAUGUCGGCAGUUGAAAUGGGAACACUCAUUCAUACGAGAGGCAACGGUGCUUCGGGUUCGUAUAAACUUGCCGCUAGACAGAGGGGCGGCGAAAGCGGUGUUUCGGCUGGAAAAGCUAGGACCGCUAAGAAGCCAGCGAUAAAAAUAAAAUCGAAGACAGCAAAGUCGAAGGGCGCCGCCAAACCUGCUUCGUCCCUUAAAAAGAAGUCUGCAUCCGCAGCGGGCACAUUAAAAAAGUCGUCGGCGAAACCUAAGACGACAGUCGGUAAGAACAAGACCAUAUACGUGUUUAUCUAUGAACAAGACCAUUUAGG